ACUCACUCCUCCGCUCCCUGGCUGAGCCGCAUCAACUCCAUCGUCUUCGUCUCAGCUCCUUCGUCAACGCUUGGGAAAAAGUGUUUGGAAUUGAAACAAGUGGUUCAACUAAAGAUAAACAGAAGCGAAACGUCGUAAAAAGUAGCGAAACCUUCAUUUUACAUUCCACCGCUUAACGUUUAAUAUUCAAUCUAUUUUUGUAAUGCUUAAAGUGGUUUAACCAAAAUAUCCGGUUGGGGACCGGAAGUUGGAACAAUUUGAGUUUGUAAAUUUAUGCCAUUUGUGUAACUUGAUUUUGUCGACAAGGGGGGACCUGUUUCAUAUCUAAUUUCGUAAAGUGAAUAUUGUCUAAAGCAGGCUUAAUGGAAUCUCAACUUUCCCCUCCUGCUUUCUCUUGAGAUUCAACUGACUGUGAUACAUAUAAAGAAGGACACAAGUCUCCUCUGCCCUUGAAACCCCUGCAUAAAAUAUUUAUGCUCAUUGGGAUUACUUUCUAAGAGAUUUUCUGUGUGCAUUAUGCAAUAUGGAGAGAAAACUGUAAACCCACAAUAAAAAUUGUACUCGAAGGCGAAGGAAAUAAAGUGUUUUCUUCCAGCAGAAUUGCACAAUUUCAACGAAACGUGGAAUGAAAUAAUACUGUGACAAUUAAGCAUGAAGAUGAUAACCAUAUCGCUGAACUGUAGUGUCACUCCGUGUGGAAACGUCACGUUUCAGCAACUGGGGGACUUGUACGAGAACCUCUACAUUUAUGACCGACUGCCAAAUAUGAUUCUCAUUGCCACGUACCUCCCACUUUUUCUAAUUGCACUCACCAGCAACAUUCUCAUCAUUGUGACUGUGAGUCGCUACAGGAGUUUGAGAAGCGUCAGUAACUACUUCUUGGUGAGCUUGGCGGUGGCUGAUGUGCUUAUCACAAUAAUAUGCAUGCCCAUGGCCACCUUACAAGCCGUUUACUCGUUAUGGAUUUACGGAGACCUAGCGUGCAAGUUUUCACAUUAUCUGAAAGGAGUGUCUGUAAGCGCCAGUGUUUUUACGAUCACGGCAAUGAGUAUAGAUCGCUAUAUGGCAAUACGUCACCCUAUGAGCCGGAAAAUUAUUAACAGGCGCACCACCAUUAAGAUAAUUUGCGUCCUGUGGUGCUUGGCAUUGGUGAUAUUUUCUCCAAUAUUGUAUGUCCGGAGGUCGGAAGGAUGGAAAUUCGAAUGGGAUCCGCAAGAAUAUUUGCACUGCAUCGAGGUUUGGCCGGAUCAAUUAAGCCAGAAAACUUUUGGGCUCUUUUGCUUUAUCAUUGUCUACCUUAUUCCUGGUUGCAUCGUUGUUCUGGCUUAUUCCUUGAUGGGACUUCGUCUUUGUUCACGGCAACUGCUGCCCGAAUAUGAGAUCACUCGUGGGGCCACUGACGUCAAUUCUGUUGGAGAGCUGGGGAACUCAAAUUCGGCCUGGCAGGUUUCUGCCGUUGGAGGAAGAUUGAUUCGAGAAAGGCGUCGAGUCGCAAAGAUUUUGCUCGUGCUCGCUCUCGUCUUUGCAUUUUGCUGGUUACCGUACAGCGUGUUGAGCUUAAUUCUCGACAUGAAUGCCAAACAGGCAGGGCCACCUCCUUCUCCAGACGAUGAGCCACCAGCCGACUUUUCAACUUCAGGAAACGAUGAAGAUGAACAAUUCACCUACAUUGCGAACCUUCUUCUUCCGUUCGCAAUUCUACUAGGACAUAGCCAAGCUGCCGUGAAUCCCCUCGUUUUUUGCCUCCUGAGUAAGAACUUUCGUCGCAGCGUGACGGAUCUAAUACGCCACCCAACAAGGGCCAUUCGAAGUCGACAACAGUGCAAGAUACGGAUGACAUUUCGGAAGGAUCCUGUGCCAUCCGCAGAACCCAACAGUUCCGAAAAACCAGUGAGUUCUCGACCACGAAACCACCACGCGCCGGACCCUCCAAAGUCUAGCCUAGUGGAUGGAGGUGACAUCCGGCUGGCGGAAAUGGGUGCUAAACAAAGCCAUCAUCUUGAGGUUGUGGUGGCGUAUUCUCCAACACCAUCGUCACUAUCCAGCGGUUACAGCUCUCUUCGGGUCUCAGAUAACAGUUUGAGUUGUCAUCAAUGUUCUCAAUACCAGGCAAGCUUACAGCAGCAGGUCCAACAACACAAUCCUUGCGGGAAUACUCAUUGUGGUUAUUGUUCAAUGUCCUUGUGUCCGUAUCCUCAUUAUCCUCCGAUCUCUUGCCACUGUCAAGUGCAUACAUCAUCAAUCUGUAAAAAAGGAGCCUCAUCUUUUUGCGAGCAUCGAAGGGUUGAAGUACCUUCCACGAUAAGAGAAGAGUCUGAAAAUUCACAUCUUAGUCAACGAUCAAAGACAUCAUCCAAGGUUUGUUUCACGUAAGCGUAUUAGCUUUGAAAUUCCAUAUUUUUUAUGAGGUUCACAAGUAAAGACGUCCAAACAAACUGAAUUUAUAUCCAAAAUAUCUCAAAAAAUUCUCUCUGAUACGAAUUAGUAAACUAGAAACAGUAUGGAUUUAUAUAUAUGUAAAUAUAUGCCCAAUAUGUAUAGCACACAUACGACAUACGUGCAUACUUAUAUAUGUACAUAGCUUACAGAUAUGCAUGAUCUCAGAUUACAAUAGUCUGCAUGGUUUGAAACUAUAUGUACAUUAUACAAUUGUACUAAAUACUAUAAUAGCUGUACUACUACUAAUGUUACCAAGAUGAAAGUAAGUAAGCUGAGAUGGUUAUUAUAAAAUUAUGCUGCAAAUGUAUCUAUUUUACUAUCCGUUUACUGUUAUUUGCUUUGUUGCUCAUUUGCUAAUAAUGAUUACAUAAUAGAUAUUUCUACCUGAAGGAGUGAAUAAACUAUCGAUUGUGGUUAGGUUGUGAUACACCUUGAAAUUAUAUACAGACAUAAAUACAUUCAUUAUUACUCCUGAAAAAGAACAGCGUACCUGGUCUCGAAUAUGCAGACCGAUAAAUGUAAUGCAACAUGUAAACUGUACUCUGGUAAACAUUAGCAAAUCUUUCAUCAGAGAGUUAUAAAUUCAUUUUGUAUGUUUUAAUGUCACAGUCGCACCUAAACUGUUGAUCUUUGUGGAAACUGUUUAGUUUUAGUCUAGAUAUAUGUGGUUGUCUCAACUGUUAUACAUGUACAUACAUAAAUACACAUGGUCUAAUGGUCUCAACUAUUAAUAAAGGCUCGGAUAAUUUUGGUGUGCACAUUUCA